UCACACCAGCUCAACAUUCGUUUUCUCAUCUCCUUCCGUUUGCCCAACUCUUCCCGUCCGCUCAGACGCACCCUUUUUUCUUUUUCGAUCUCACCAUGCGCGUGGCUGUCUCCCUCGCGCUGCUGGCGUCCGCGGCCCAGCAGGCCCUGGCAGCCUGUGAGCCGGAGAUCCCCUUCCCGCCGCCCCAGUACACCGGGGACUCCCUCGUGGAGGCCUUCGCGCAGGUGGAUGCCUCCCUCGCGGCCCUGGUGGCGGCCGGGGGGUUCGACGACACCUCGUUCUCGGUGAUGGUGGCCUCCUCGGACCGGCUGCUGCACUCGGCCUUCCACGCGGCGCCGGGGGUCGCCCAGCCAGUCAACGCCUCGUCGGCCUACCGCAUCGCCAGCAACACCAAGCUGUUCACCGCGCUGGGCAUCCUGCAGGCCGAGGCCGCCGGCCACCUGAGCCUGGACGACCGCAUCACCACCUUCCUCCCGGACCUCCGGCACACCGCGGGGCGGAUCGCCUGGGACACCAUCACCCUGCGCACCCUGAUGGCCCACCUCAGUGGCAUCCCUGACAACUGUAACCCCCCCCCCCAAAAAAAAGAGUUUGAAAGGCGGAGACUGACCCAGGUAGAUGCCGAGGACGAUCUGCUCCUGCGGUUCCUGGAGCAGGCCACCCCCGUGUUCCCGGCCCGGGACGAGACCUCCUACAGCAACCUGGGCUACAACCUGCUGGGCCUCGUCCUGGAGCGGAUCAGCAACACCACGUACGAGGAGUACAUCGAGGCCACCAUCCUCCGCCCGCUGAACCUCACGGGUACCUGCUUCACCCCGCCCGCGACGGGCGUCGUCGUGGCGGACAGCUACUGGGGGGUGGAUCUGGGCGAGGGGAACCCAUCCGGCGGGCUGUACAGCAGCGCCACCGACAUGAUCGCCUUCCUGCGCUUCGCCCUGGCCCAGCACAACCGCAUCACCCCGGCGCUCAACUGGUUCCUGCCCGCCGCCUACUCGGCCGGGGCGCACUCGUACUUCGGCUACCCCUGGGAGAUCUUCCGCUCCCCGGCCAUCCUGCCCCACAGCACGCGCGCCGUGACCCUCAACACCAAGGGCGGGGGCCUGACGGGGUACUACACGUACAGCUUCGUCGUGCCGGUGUACGACCUGGUGAUCUUCCUGGGGGUGGCCGGCGAGCUGACGGGGCUGACUGACCUGCUGGACGCGGUGGUGGACCCCAUCCUGGUGGGCGCCGAGGGGGUGGCCCAGCGGCACCUGGCCACCACCUACGCGGGCACCUACCGCGCCCCCGCGGCCACGGGACUGAACUCGUCCCUGACCAUCGCCCAGUCGCCGCAGCGGUCGCUGUCGGUCUCGGCGUGGGUGUCCAACGGCACGGACGUGCUCGACGUGCUGGUGCCGCUGGUGGCGGGCGAGGAGGGCAGCGGCGACGACAUCUACUUCGAGUUCCUGCCCACCUUCGAGACGCGCACCACGACGGCCGACGGCGCGGUGGGCGAGGUCUGGCGCGUCAUCAACGUGCUGGAGGGGGCCGGGGGCGACACGGCGACGCGCGGCAACGCCAGCUCGAUCUGGGCGGAUUACUGCGUGUCCAACAUCGACCCCCUGACGUACGCCGGCGUCGCCCUCAACGAGAUGGUCUUCUGGCGGGCCAACGCCACGGCGGCGGUGCACGCGGUCGAGCUGUCGGCCUUCCGGGUGGUGCUGGACAAGGAGUAGAGAGGGAGAUAUGUAGUUCAGGAAGGUCGAGUCUAGUUUAG